UUGGUCGAUGAGUCCUUGUUUUCUUCACACGCCAUCAGACUUUUUAGGAGUGCAUUACAUCCAGGGUGUAGUGCAGUAUGACUCUGCUGCCUGUGUAGGUUUUCAACGAGCAAGAGGAUAAACAAGAUCAUCCGGACAGAAAUCUCAGCUGAAAAAAUGGACACUGCAGGGGCCAAAGUGCUGGAGACAGCUGAAGACAUCCAGGAGCGGCGCCAGCAGGUGCUGGACCGCUAUCGGCGCUUCAAGGACCUGUCUAUUAUGCGCCGGCAGAAAUUGGAAGACUCUUACCGCUUCCAGUUUUUCCGCCGUGAUGCAGAUGAGUUAGAAAAGUGGAUCCAGGAGAAGCUGCAGAUUGCCUCAGAUGAGAACUACAAGGACCCCUCCAAUCUGCAGGGUAAGCUGCAAAAACAUCAGGCCUUUGAAGCUGAGGUUCAGGCCAAUGCUGGGGCCAUAAUCAAACUGGACUCGACAGGAAACCUCAUGAUCACCGAGGGUCACUUUUCCUCAGAGACUAUUCGGUCUCGUCUGGAGGAGCUGCAUCGCCUUUGGGACCUCCUGUUACUGAGGACCAAAGAGAAGGGCAUGCGCCUUCUGCAGGCCCAGAAACUUGUCCAGUAUCUGCGCGAGUGUGAAGAUGCCCUCGACUGGAUUAGUGACAAGGAGACUAUGGCAACAUCUGAGGAGGUGGGACAGGACUUGGAGCAUGUGGAACUGCUUCAGAAGAAGUUUGAGGAGUUCCAGACCGAUUUAGCAGCCCAUGAAGAACGAGUGAAUGAAGUAAACCAACUGGCGGAAAAACUAAUUCAGGAAGCCCAUCCUGAGGCUGAAUUAAUUGUCAAAAAGCAAGAUGAAGUCAAUGCUGCAUGGCAGCGUCUGAAGGGCCUGGCUCAGCAGAGGCAGGGAAGGCUCUUUGGAGCUGCUGAGGUGCAACGCUUCAACAGAGAUGUUGAUGAGACUAUCAGUUGGAUCAAAGAGAAGGAGACGCUGAUGGCUUCUGACGAUUUUGGUCGUGACCUGGCCAGUGUGCAGGCUCUGUUGCGUAAGCAUGAGGGCUUGGAGAGGGACCUGGCUGCUCUGGAAGAUAAGGUUAACACGCUGGGCGGCGAUGCAGAGCGUCUUCAGCAGACACACCCUCAGAAUGCCUCACAAAUCCACCUGAAAAAAGACGAACUGAUCACCAACUGGGAGCAAAUUCGUACUUUGGCUGCUGAGCGUCAUGCCCGACUGAAUGACUCAUACAGGCUGCAGCGCUUCACGGCAGAUUUCAGGGAUCUGACCAGCUGGGUGACCGAGAUGAAAGCUCUGAUCAACGCCGAUGAACUGGCUAAUGAUGUUGCUGGAGCUGAGGCUCUUCUUGACCGCCACCAAGAACAUAAGGGCGAGAUUGAUGCACAUGAGGACAGCUUUCGAUCCACUGCUGAAGCCGGACAGGCUUUACUCGAUACUGGACAUUAUGCAUCCGAUGAAGUCAAAGAGAAGCUUGGAAUCCUUGCUCAUGAGAAGGAGUCGCUGCUCGAGUUGUGGGAGGUUCGCAGGCAGCAGUAUGAGCAGUGCAUGGACUUGCAGCUUUUCUACAGGGACACUGAGCAAGUUGAUAACUGGAUGAGCAAACAGGAGGCGUUCCUCCUCAACGAAGACCUUGGUGACUCUUUGGACAGUGUUGAGGCCCUACUGAAGAAACAUGAGGAUUUUGAGAAGUCACUCAGUGCCCAGGAAGAGAAGAUCACUGCUCUGGAUGAGUUUGCUACCAAGCUUAUCCAGAACAAUCACUAUGCUAAAGAGGAUGUGGCUACAAGAAGAGAUGCGUUGCUCAGUCGCCGCAAUGCCCUGCAUGACCGAGCUCAGUCUCGUCGUGCCGCCUUGGAGGACUCUUUCCAUUUGCAGCAGUUCUUCAGGGACUCGGAUGAGCUCAAGAGCUGGAUCAAUGAGAAGAUGAAAACUGCUACUGAUGAAGCAUACAAGGAUCCCUCAAACUUGCAAGGCAAGGUGCAGAAACACCAGGCUUUCGAGGCAGAGCUGUCUGCCAAUCAGAGCCGCAUCGAUGCACUCCAGAAGUCUGGCCAGGAGCUUCUCGAUCGGAAGCAUUAUGCUGCCACUGAAGUGGCUGGCCGUAUGGAGGAGGUGAGCUCUCAAUGGAAGAAACUACUAGAAGCCACUGAAUUGAAAGGCAUCAAACUCAGAGAGGCCAACCAGCAACAGCAGUUCAACAGGAAUGUUGAGGAUAUUGAGUUAUGGCUGUAUGAAGUUGAAGGACAUUUGGCUUCAGACGACUUUGGAAAAGACCUCACCAGUGUCCAAAACCUACAAAAGAAACAUGCCCUUCUGGAGGCAGAUGUGGCUGCUCAUCAGGAUCGAAUUGAUGGAAUCACAAUCCAGGCCCGCCAAUUCCAAGAGGCUGGACACUUUGAUGCUGAUAACAUCCGCAAGAAACAAGAGGCUUUGGUUGUCCGCUAUGAAGCUCUUCGGGAGCCCAUGGCUGCUCGCAAGCAGAAGCUGUCUGACUCUCUUCGCCUCCAGCAGCUGUUCAGAGAUAUUGAGGAUGAAGAAACUUGGAUUCGUGAGAAGGAGCCUAUUGCCUCUUCCACUAACAGAGGCAAAGACCUGAUUGGUGUUCAGAAUCUCCUGAAGAAGCAUCAGGCUCUGCAGGCUGAGAUCACUGGCCAUGAGCCUCGCAUCAAAGCUGUCACCCAAAAAGGAGAGGCCAUGGUUGAUGAAGGUCAUUUUGCUGGGGAGGAUGUGAAAGUCAAGCUGGGUGAACUGCAUGGACGCUGGGACACAUUGAAAGCAAAAGCUUCUCAGCGGAGACAGGACCUGGAGGACUCUCUUCAGGCUCAGCAGUACUUUGCUGAUGCUAAUGAAGCCGAAUCCUGGAUGAGGGAGAAAGAGCCCAUUGUUGGGAGUCCAGACUACGGCAAAGAUGAGGACUCUGCUGAGGCCCUUCUUAAGAAACAUGAAGCCCUGAUGUCUGACCUGAGUGCUUACGGCAGUAGCAUCAAUUCUCUGAAGGAACAGGCUCAGUCCUGCAGGCAACAAGUGGCCCCAACCGAUGAUGAGACUGGAAAAGAACUAGUCCUUGCCCUGUACGACUAUCAGGAGAAAAGCCCCAGAGAGGUUACCAUGAAAAAGGGCGACAUCUUGACUCUGCUGAACAGUACCAACAAGGACUGGUGGAAGGUGGAGGUGAAUGACCGCCAAGGCUUUGUUCCUGCUGCAUAUGUGAAGAAGCUAGACCCAACCCAGUCGUCCUCCAGGGAGAACCUUCUGGAUGAACAUGGAAGCAUCGCUUUGCGCCAGGACCAGAUUGAGAAUCAGCUGGUCACCAAAGAAUCCUGCAGCGUGUCUGUACGCAUGAAACAGGUGGAAGAGCUGUAUGGCACUCUGAUUGAACUGGGGGAGAAACGUAAGGACAUGCUGGAGAAGAGUUGCAAAAAGUUCAUGUUGUUCCGAGAAGCCAAUGAGCUUCAGCAGUGGAUUAAUGAGAAGGAGAGUGCUCUGACUAAUGAGGAGGUUGGCUCUGACCUGGAGCAGGUGGAGGUCUUGCAGAAGAAAUUCGAUGACUUCCAGAAGGACCUGAAGGCCAAUGAGUCACGUCUACGGGACAUAAACAAAGUGGCUUCUGAGCUCGAGUCUGAAGGUUUAAUGGCUGAGGAGGCCCCCAUGGUUCAGGCUCAGCAACAAGAGCUGCUAGGAUCUGCACUUGGAAAGGAUGAAGCCGAUUCCAAGACUGCUUCUCCAUGGAAGAAUGUACGGUUGGCUGUUCAAACCACGGCUAACUUUAAUACCAUCAAGGAGUUAAACAACCGCUGGAGAUCCCUGCAGCAGCUGGCCGAGGACAGAAGCAACAUGCUGGGCAGUGCACACGAGGUGCAACGCUUCCACAGAGAUGCUGAUGAAACUAAAGAGUGGAUUGAGGAGAAAAACCAGGCCCUCAACACUGACAACUAUGGCCAUGACUUGGCCAGUGUUCAGGCACUGCAGCGUAAGCACGAAGGAUUUGAGAGGGACCUGGCCGCCCUCGGUGACAAGGUGAAAUCUUUGGGAGAGACGGCCGAACGUUUGAUUCAGUCUCACCCUGAGGCAGUGGAUGAUAUUCAGGAAAAGUGUACUGAGCUCAACACUGCCUGGAGCAGCCUUGUUGGACGUGCUGACCAGCGCAAAGACAAGCUUGGAAAUUCUCAUGACCUGCAACGCUUCCUCUCUGACUUCAGAGAUUUGAUGUCUUGGAUCAAUGGAAUUCGUGGACUGGUGUCGUCAGAGGAGCUGGCGAAGGACGUAACUGGAGCAGAAGCUCUUCUUGAAAGACACCAAGAGCACCGCACUGAGAUUGAUGCUCGUGCUGGAACCUUCCAGGCCUUUGAACAGUUUGGUCAGCAGCUUCUGGCUCGAGGCCACUAUGCAAGCCCAGAGAUUCAACAAAAGCUUGAAGCUUUGGACCGUGAGAGAGCCGAUCUGGAGAAGGCCUGGGUUCAGCGGCGCAUGAUGCUCGACCAGUGCCUUGAGCUCCAGCUCUUCAACAGGGACUGUGAGCAGGCUGAAAACUGGAUGGCAGCACGCGAAGCCUUCCUGGCCAGUGAUGAUAAGGGAGACUCCCUGGACAGCGUGGAGGCUCUCAUCAAGAAACAUGAAGACUUUGACAAGGCCAUUAAUGUGCAGGAAGAGAAGAUUGCCGCUCUGCAGUCCUUUGCUGACCAGCUGAUUGGUGCUGACCAUUAUGCCAAGCCUGAAAUCUUAAACCGUCGCAAUGAAGUGCUUGACAGGUGGCGCCGUCUGAAAGCGCAGAUGAUUGAAAAGCGCUCUAAGCUUGGAGAGUCGCAAACUCUUCAGCAGUUCAGCCGUGAUGUGGAUGAGAUUGAGGCCUGGAUCAGUGAGAAGCUGCAGACUGCAACUGAUGAGUCUUACAAAGACCCGACCAACAUCCAGCUGUCCAAGCUGCUGAGUAAACAUCAGAAGCAUCAAGCAUUUGAGGCUGAGCUGCACGCUAAUGCUGACCGAAUCCGGGGAGUUAUCGAUACUGGUAAUGCUCUCAUCCAGAGAGGCGCUUGCGCUGGCAGUGAAGAUGCUGUGAAGGUGCGCCUUAAUGCUCUGGAUGAGCAGUGGCAGUUCCUCGUCAACAAAUCCGCAGAGAAGAGCCAGAAGCUUAAAGAGGCCAACAAGCAGCAGAACUUCAACACCGGCAUCAAAGACUUUGACUUCUGGCUCUCUGAGGUGGAAGCUCUUCUGGCCUCUGAAGAUUAUGGUAAAGACCUGGCAUCAGUAAACAACCUGCUGAAGAAGCACCAGCUGCUGGAGGCGGAUAUUUCAGCCCAUGAGGAUCGCCUGAAGGAUCUCAAUGGUCAGGCAGACAGCCUGAUGGCCAGCAACGCCUUCGACACCUCUCAGGUGAAGGACAAGCGCGAUGCAGUGAACGGCCGGUUCACCAAGAUCAAGAGCAUGGCAGCAGGCCGUCGUGCCAAGCUUAAUGAGUCGCACAGGCUGCACCAGUUCUUCAGGGACCUGGACGAUGAAGAGUCCUGGAUCAAGGAAAAGAAGCUGCUUGUGAGUUCGGAGGACUAUGGACGUGAUUUGACGGGAGUGCAGAAUCUGAGGAAGAAACACAAGAGGUUGGAGGCAGAGCUGGGAGCACACGAGCCGGCCAUUCAGUCGGUGCUGGACACUGGGAAGAAGCUGUCUGAUGACAACACCAUUGGCCAGGAGGAGAUCCAGCAGAGGCUCGCACAGUUUGUUGACCACUGGAAGGAGUUGAAAGACUUGUCUGGAGCGAGGGGGCAGAGGCUGGAGGAGUCGCUGGAGUACCAGCAGUUUGUGGCUAACGUUGAAGAAGAAGAAGCUUGGAUUAAUGAGAAGUUGAAUCUGGUGGGGAGUGAAGAUUACGGUGACACUCUGGCAGCCGUGCAGGGUUUGUUGAAGAAACAUGAAGCAUUUGAGACCGACUUCACCGUGCAUCGGGACAGAGUCAGCGAUGUGUGCGCCAAUGGAGAGGAGCUCAUCAAGAAGAACAACCAUCAUGUAGACAACAUCAGUGCGAAGAUAACAGCUCUGAGGGGAAAAGUGUCGGAACUGGAGAAAGCAGCUGCUCAGAGGAAAGCCAAGCUGGACGAAAAUUCUGCCUUCUUGCAGUUCAACUGGAAGGCCGACGUGGUCGAGUCCUGGAUCGGAGAGAAGGAGAACAGCCUGAAGACAGAUGACUAUGGCAGAGAUCUGUCUUCAGUCCAGACUCUGCUCACCAAGCAGGAGACUUUCGAUGCUGGCCUUCAGGCUUUCCAACAAGAGGGAAUCACCAACAUCACUGCCCUGAAAGACCAACUUCUGUCUGCCAAACACGUCCAGUCUAAAGCCAUCGAAGCUCGUCAUGCUGCUCUGAUGAAGCGCUGGAACCAGCUGCUGUCCAACUCUGCAGCUCGCAAGAAGAAGCUCUUGGAGGCUCAGGAGCACUUCAGAAAGGUUGAGGAUUUGUUCCUCACAUUUGCCAAGAAGGCGUCAGCCUUCAACAGCUGGUUCGAGAAUGCAGAAGAAGACCUGACAGAUCCCGUACGCUGCAACUCCCUGGAGGAAAUCCGGGCACUGCGUGAGGCCCACGAGGCCUUCCGAUCCUCCCUGAGCUCAGCGCAGGCAGACUUCAACCAGCUGGCCGAGCUGGACCAACAGAUCAAGAGCUACCAGGUGGUGUCCAACCCCUACACCUGGUUCACCAUGGAGGCCCUGGAGGAGACCUGGAGGAACCUUCAGAAGAUCAUCAAGGAGCGAGAGCUGGAGCUGCAGAAGGAGCAGAGGAGGCAGGAGGAGAACGACAAGUUACGUCAGGAGUUUGCACAGCACGCCAACGCUUUCCACCAGUGGUUGCAGGAGACCAGGACGUACCUGCUGGACGGAUCGUGUAUGGUGGAGGAAUCCGGCACUCUAGAGUCACAGUUGGAGGCUACGAAGCGUAAGCACCAAGAGAUCCGGGCAAUGCGCAGCCAGCUGAAGAAGAUCGAGGAUUUGGGGGCAGCCAUGGAAGAAGCACUGAUCCUGGACAACAAGUACACAGAGCACAGCACGGUGGGUCUGGCUCAGCAGUGGGACCAACUGGACCAGCUAGGCAUGAGGAUGCAACACAACUUGGAGCAACAGAUCCAGGCCAGAAACACGACUGGAGUCACAGAGGAGGCGCUGAAGGAGUUCAGCAUGAUGUUCAAGCAUUUCGACAAGGAGAAGUCGGGUCGUCUGAAUCACCAGGAGUUCAAGUCCUGUCUGCGGUCGCUGGGUUACGACCUGCCCAUGGUGGAAGAAGGAGAACCGGAUCCUGAAUUCGAAGCCAUACUGGACACAGUGGAUCCAAACAGAGAUGGCAACGUGUCGCUCCAAGAGUACAUGGCCUUCAUGAUCAGCCGCGAGACGGAGAACGUCAAGUCCAGCGAGGAGAUUGAGAGCGCCUUCAGAGCUCUGAGCACUGAGAACAAACCUUAUGUGACUAAAGAAGAGCUCUACCAGAACCUGACCAAGGAGCAGGCCGACUACUGCCUCUCACACAUGAAGCCCUACCUGGACAGCAAGGGCAGGGAGCUGCCCACAGCACUGGACUUCGUGGAAUUCACACGCUCGCUGUUUGUCAACUGAUCCGUCACCCACCAGUGACCAAUCGGAACGCGUUUGUCCCCACACUCGCGCACAUGGCUGAAAAUGCAUGACGGGCGCACACACUCACUCUGAAUACUCACUUUUAACAAAUCUAUUUAUCUUCUCAACCUGAAACUCUUCGUGCUGAUAGCCUAGUGGAUCUGUCUGCAUCUGAAUGUGAUUGUUUUAGCCGUUUAGCUCGUUCUUUUAUCCACCUGAUUGUAACAAUAACGUGGAACAACAUGUAUCUGCAGUGUGAUCUAAUAAACGCUACUGAUUAGAACUGGAAA